AUGGGCCUCGUUGCUCAGGACCUCAGCUUUCGGUAUCCGGGGGCGGACAAGAACGUGCUCCGGGGAAUCAACCUGACUAUCCCGCCCGGUACGACCCUUGCUAUUGUCGGUGUCAAUGGCGGAGGAAAGACGACCCUCGUCAAAGUCUUGAUGGGACUAUACGAUCACCAAGGCUCCCUCCUUUUGAACGGCCAACCUAUCGCCUCAUACGACCCGGCCACAGUCCAUAAGAGAACAUCGUGUCUUUUCCAAGACUUCAGCAAAUACUCCUUCACUCUGCGCGAGAACAUUGGGAUCGGGAACGUCGGGAGGAUGGAGGAUGAGGCUGCCAUUAAGGAGGCGAUUGAGCGGGGUGGGGCAACUGCGGUAUUGGACAAAGUCGGGAUGGAGGGACGGGAGACAUCCAUCAGGCCCAAAUCGCAUCACUCGGGCGUACCCGAACAACGCGCAAGUCUCAGCGGGGGCCAAUGGCAGCGUGUCGCGCUGGGAAGGGCGUUCAUGCGCGCGAACGAGGCGGAUCUGGUCGUCUUUGACGAACCGUCAGCCAGCCUUGACCCACGUGCAGAGGCACAGCUCUUCGAACGUAUCCACUCGCUCAGCCACCAGCAUGGCCGAAGGAGCUCGACCAUAUUUAUCUCUCACAGGCUUUCUACAGUCAAGCGAGCCGACCAGAUUGCAGUAGUGGAAGAUGGGACAAUCUUAGAGUGCGGAACCCACGCAGAGUUGAUGGCGAAAGAAGGGCGGUACUCUGAGCUGUUCCGCCUUCAGAAGGCGGGAUUCGAAGACUGA